AUGUUCUACCUCUACACAGGCAUUUGUUUUCACUUGUGCUUGCAUCCGUAUUGGCCUGCACCCCAAUACGGACAACCACCAGCUGCAGGCGAAACCGUCUCUAUUACAAAGGAACAGUGGGCCACUCUUAAUCCUCAUGGGUCAGGAGCAACGUACGAAAUACAGAAACAGUGGGAAAGUUUCUAUGAAUACCUUCCAUGGUUGAAGGGACCACCAGGCCCACCAGGCCCACCUGGAUCAUCUGACGGUGGUGCCUACGGAGGUUCUAGCUACUCACAACCUCAAGUUAUCCCUGGACCACCCGGCCCACCUGGACCUCCAGGACCUGCUGGAUAUAAGGGAGAUGCUGGGGCUCCAGGAGCUCCUGGCUACUCUGGAGGACCCGGACCUCAAGGCCCUGCUGGCAAACCUGGUUCACCUGGCUAUCCUGGAGAAAAAGGAACACCAGGCUACAAUGGAGCUCCCGGAGCACCUGGUAAACCUGGCUACAACGGAGAAAAGGGAACCCCUGGUUACAAUGGAGCACCUGGUUUACCUGGAGGCCCUGGACUUCCCGGCAAAGACGGUUACAAUGGAGCUCCCGGACCUGCAGGACCUAAAGGUGAAGCUGGCCCACCAGGUUACACUAUCCCAUCCAAGAUCCCAGGCCCACCAGGUGCACCUGGCUACCCGGGCAAAGACGGAGCUCCUGGUUACCCUGGUGGUCCCGGACCCGUUGGCCCAGUUGGCCCUGCUGGACUUCAAGGAGCUCCUGGCAAACCGGGCACCAAUGGUUAUCCUGGAGGUCCCGGACCUAAGGGAGACGCUGGAACUCCUGGUUAUGCUGGAGCCCCAGGCAAAGAUGGAUACCCCGGCGCACCUAGCAAGAUCCCUGGUCCACCUGGUCCCGUUGGACCUGCUGGAUCCCCUGGCUACAAUGGGCGCUCCUGGCAAGGGAUGGUCUCCCUGGCGGCCCUGGAUACCCAGGCAAAGAUGGGAAAGCCCGGAGCUCCUGGAUACACUGGUGCACCUGGCCAACCAGGUAAGCCCGGUAAAGAUGGUCUUCCCGGCCCUACCGGAACUCCUGGUUUACCCUGGCGGCCCAGGCCCCGUUGGCCCACUAGGUAAACCCGGUGCUCCUGGAUACCCUUGGUGGUCACAGGACCAGUUGGUCCAGUAGGACCUCUCGGCCCAGUCGGCCCACAAGGCAAACCAGGCAGUCCAGGUUACCCAGGUGGCCCUGGACCAGCUGGUCCUCUUGGACCUGUUGGACCCGUCGGACCUCAAGGUAAACCAGGAUCCCCUGGUUAUCCAGGUCCCGCUGGACCAGCAGGACCUGCCGGUUCUCCAGGCCAGACUUACGAAGCACCGGCCCCGGCUUACCCAGCUCCAGCUUAUCCGGCACCAGCUCCCAUCUAUCAACAGCCCAUUUACGAGCCCCCAGCACCAAGCUAUGGUUAAACAUCACCCUAUCAUAACGAGAAUUUUAUUCUAAAAAUUGUAUUACCUUAUUGACUCGUAUUUCAUUCACAAUUCACUUUGAGAAGGAUCUUGUGUAAUUUAUAUUUUUAGACUUGCGUUAUGAUUUCACACAAGAUGUAAAUAAAUGACAAUAAAUAACAGAGA